UGAUGCAACGGCGCCACCGUCUGGACAGGAGUGGAAACACAGCAAAAAGCCUCGAUCAGAUGAGCUUCAUUUCUUCAUAAACAUCAGAGGAGAGGGUGAAACGGAUCCACAGAGUCGAACCACGUUCCUGCAUUGAAAGAGUAGAUCCCGGCGCUUGCAACGGCAAAGUCACGGGUUCGAUUCCCAGAACUGAUCAAAAUGAACGCCAUCAUUUACGAGGCAGCACGAGUGACGGGUGAGAGACGGAGAGAUUCAGCACAUGGAAGAAGAGGAGAAACACAAGGACAGCGAUGCACUCGAGCGAGCGAGUCCGUGAGGAGGAGAGGGCGUCGGGAGCGAGCGGAGAAAAGCUGGAUCUCUGACCGGAUCAUCCCACAGAAGUGAGUGCGCUAUCCGAAAACCAAAAGCUCUCUGUCAGAAGUUCAAAUCCUCAGGAGAAAGUUGGACGCUCCAGGACAUCUACAAGUUUCUGUGCAUUUCAUGCGUUCAUGAUCUCAUGAAUAAGUCAUGAUGAGGCUGGAGCGAUCCCCCCGCAGGACUAAUUGGAAAAGACAGGGAAUGGCAUGUAAUUAGAGCGUUGGGGAUGAAGGGAUGAGCGUAAAGCGUCACUCCUGAGCUGAUGGAGAUGGAGCCGAGCGAUGCGGGUCGGGACACGAGCGCCCAGAUCAAGCAGGCUCACGCCGGCGGCUUCAAGAAAGUGUGUCGGAUCGAGGAGGACAGUGUGUGUCCGUUCCCCGGGCUGGCGGCGGACGUGCUGGAGAUGAGAGUGAAGGAAGGCAGCAAAAUCCGUAACCUCAUGGGUUUCGCCAUGACACGCAUGCAGGACGGGCUGAGGCAGGUGGUGUUCAGCGGGUCGGGUCGGGCCGUCACCAAAACCAUCACGUGUGCCGAGAUCACCAAGAGGAAGAUCGCCGGACUCCACCAGAUCACCAAACUCCAGUACAGGGGCCUGCGGGAGAUCUGGGAGAGUCAGGACGGAGGAGACUCGGAGAUGACCAUCCACCGGACGCUGCCGUCCAUCAGGAUCCUGCUCUCCAAAGACCCGCUGGACCCGCUGGAGCCGGGAUACCAGCCGCCGGCGCUCCGAGAGGGAGAGGCUUCACACGCGCCGGGGAAACGGCCUCUGGAUUCGCCCGACUCUCCGACGCUGGGGAAGAGAGUGUGUCUCUGAGUGUGUGUGUGUGUGUGUGUCUCUCAGAACCGGAACGACUAUGAGACUUCAUAACCAACACACACUCGUACAGACCAGACUGAGCCGCUGAGAGUUCUGUGUGUGUGUGUGUGUGUAACUCUCUCAGAACUGGACCACGACUGAGACUUCAUAACCAACACACACUCGUAAAGACCAGACGGACCAGCUGAGAGUCGUGUGUGUGUGUUAAACACUAUCAGAACCAGACCACGACUGUGAGACUUCAUAAUAAUCGUAUGGAUCUAGCGUGGUUAUUGGCAUCGAUGUAGAAAGCACGCCUGGGAUCUGAAACGUUCUUUUGGGAACCAAAAUGUUUCUUCUACGGCAUUGAUGAAAAACCGAUGAAACUGUAUUUUUAAGAGUGCAUAUGCACGUCACAAUCUUGAUUUAUGGGUUUGACUGGUUUCGAGCAUGCAAUAUCGCUCAUUUAAUUUAAGUAUGCAUAUGCAUUACAAUUUUUGGAUAAAAGCACGUGCUUAAUGCAUAAAUGUAAUUUAAACGUAUAACAGGUCAAAUUUAAUAACGAAUAAAUCAUGAAUAAAACUACUGGUGUUACUGGUUUCCCAAGACCAAAUUUCCAGCUCAAAACCAUGCAAACAUCUAAGAUGACUUCAGAUGCUUCAUGAUGGCUUGUGAUGCUGCGUUGUUUCAUGCAUAUGAAUAAAAGUACUGGUGUUACUGGUU